AUGGACGGUCUCAAUGCAUCGGAACAGCGCGAGUUCGCCGCUCGCAUGGAGCGCAAGCAGCUGAAAGAGUUUAUGACUAUGUACUCCAAGAUGGUCCAGCGCUGCUUCGAUGACUGUGUCAAUGACUUCACCACCAAGUCCCUCGUCAACCGGGAGGAGCAAUGUAUCAUGCGCUGCGUGGACAAGCACCUCAAGAGCUCCCAGCGCCUGAAUGAGCGCUUCCAGGAGCAGAAUGCCGCCAUGAUGCAGAGCGGUCAGCUGCCCCGGUAA